UUAUUUCCAUAAUAAAAAUAUAAAAUAAAAUUUUCAAUUUGUAUCUUUGACAAAACCAAAUUUUUACAUAAGAAAAUCCAAAAAAGUGUUACAUCUUUCACAAUAAUGGCGUCUUCUUGUGCUGUAGCCAUAGCAGCCUUUUUACAAAUUGUGCUACGUAUUUCCUUCUUCAUUGAGCAGAGCAGUGAUGUGUGCUCGACAGCACCGACAUUGGCAAGUUGGAUAUUUUUAGUUGCCUUUUUAGAUAUACUUCUGGACAUUUGUAUCUACCCAGUGCGCUACAUGCAUUUGCCAUAUAUUUGUCAAAUUGUGGCUGAAACUAUAGUAACAAUACUUUUAACAGAGUUUGGUUUAUUGAUGGUGUGGUGUACCAUAGAGAAAAUUUGUUGUAAAUUGUGCAAAUCACUGUUGCUGGUAAUCGGUGUAACACCUCGAUUUUACUAUAACUGGGAGAAUUACAUAUUGGGUACGGUUACUACCUGCUUGAGUUUGGUCAUACUGUUGUUUGUCGGCCAGGCAACAGAUAAUUUUCAUUUUAUGCGUAAACGGUCUAUGCGUAUGUGUCGAAAGGUUAAUUCAUAUGCAAAAGGAACUUGGACCAAAUUACGUUCAUUGAUGGCGGCUAAUAAAUGUGCUAAUAGCGAUGUUUUCGAAGAAUCUGGUGCAGUGGACUGUUGUGAUAUGAAUACAGAUAUAAUAUAUCAAGCAAGGCGUAGCAACAACAACAGACGUAAUCGUAGCAAGAGUCGUACAAGUCGUAGUCGUAACCGUAGAUAAUGUUAGCUUGAAGUGUUACUUAAAAUAUUAAAUAAAUCUGUGGUAUGAAUUUAAUUUUAAUUAAAAUUAUGUGAAUAAAAAAUUAAAUUU